GGAGUAGAAGAAGUUCAUUGCAACUUUUAGGUUAAUAGUUUAAUUUCAAGGAACUCUAUUUUUAACAAAAUGUUAGUGAACCGAUAAAAUCGUACAGAAAACAGAUAGAUAAGUGUGUCAUGACCCGCGACGCACUUUCCGCUACAUGCACUGUAAUCUAAUACGUACUUAGCGCCUACUCUCAGAUAUCGCACAUUCAACGAAAUGUUUAUAUUCCUAUACCUUUAUUCGGAUCCGGUACGUUCGCCGAAACUACCGCGAAAUAUUCAACAAAGAUGUCUCGCUGGUUUUACUGGUUUUUUGUGACAUUUAUCAUCGUUGCGAGCGAGAUGACCUGCGCGUUUACUAUAGAGGAGGAAAAGUGCAUCGAUUAUUACAAAACUGGUGAAGAAUUCGACUUAAACGAGUUGGUCGGCGACUGGUUCGUCGUUUAUUACUGGCCGCCGCUUCACCGACAGAAGGACAGAUGCGAAGUAAUAAAAUUCAGCAGAAUCACGUCUUCUGGAAUGGGAUGUGCUAGCAGUAACGUCCCGCCGGGAUCUAGCGUUAUCAAGUCCACGUACAAAAACAGUGCGUAUAAAGUACGCGAUGUGUUUUACUAUGGUACAGAGGAGGUUAGACAACAGAUUCGCGAUUGUAACCGCGUGUCCAAGUACAUAUUCGUGGAUUUAUUCGACGGUUACGUGAUGGGCAUCAACUGCUCGUCCGGAGGGCGCGGCGUUCUUCUGGCGAAGACUCUGCCGACUAAUGAAGACUUGCAGUCGGUCGUUGAAGACAUUUCCGUAAUGACGGGACGAUUCGGUAGUCCGGACUGUGUGCUCGCCCGCUAAUACCUUAAUGUGUUAAUUAAAUUUUGUAAGAUAGAUUCUUUUACCUAUUAAUAAUUAUUAAUAUAUUAUGAAUACGAAGAUAAGUAGGUACUCCAAGAUUAUUAUUUAUAACUAGCGGACGCCUACGACUUCGCCCAACUUCUAAUACCUCCAAGAAUAAAAAAGUUUCAUGAUGAUCGGUUAAGUUUUUUGCGUGGAAGCGUAACAAACAUAGUACAGUCACAUUUAGAUAUAAUACUUAAUUUAAAUAAAGUGUUGUUUACACUGUGA